UCUACCUUCACAUACACGCCCACGAUGCAGUCGCUACCAGAUGCGCGGUCGCAGAGCUUCGAGGAGCUGUACGGCCCUCCCGAGAACUUCCUGGAGAUCGAGGUUAGGAACCCCAUGACACACGGCGUCGGCCGUGGCAUGUACACAACGUACGAAAUCGUCAUGCGCACCAACAUCCCCGCCUUCAAGCUCAAGUCGUCGACGGUCCGCCGCCGAUACAGCGAAUUCGAAGCGUUCCGCGAUAUCCUCGAGCGAGAGUCGGCGCGCGUCACCAUCCCACCGCUUCCGGGUAAAGUCCUCACGAAUCGCUUUUCCGAUGACGUUAUUGAGCACCGGCGAGAAGGGCUCCAGCGGUUUCUGCAGAUAGUCGUUGGACAUCCGCUGCUGCAAACGGGCAGCAAGGUGCUUGCGGCAUUCGUGCAGGAUCCAAACUGGGAUAGGCAUGCUUGGUAAAUGGGUCGGAGCAGGUGAUUAGCAACAGAAUAUUACGAUUGGUGACUUUGGAGCUGGGCAGCGGCGGAGAAAGUACUGUUUUCGGUUUGCCGCAUUUUCUGCGUUAUGGAGCGAUGAGGCGUUCGGGAGAACUGUUUCCUACUUCACUUGGAGCAACGGAAGAAUAUGAGCGAUAGUCGGAGAAUGCCAAAAUUUCC